AUGGCUUUGUACCCAUCUUUAGAAGAUUUAAAAGUCGAUCAAGCAGUGAAGGCUCAAAAUGGCUCUUCAAGUGGUGAGAUUCAGUCGACAAGUCAGCCUUAUAAUACUCAUUCAUUUGCACCUUCUGCACCCCUUCUAACUAUUUCAGAUAAAAGUAAUGCAUUGUCAGUUAAAUAUCCUGCCUUAAAUGAAUAUAUGGGUUUAGAACUUACUCGUGAAGUUAUUGCUGCUAAUAUGCCUGAAUAUUUGGAUACACCUAUUAAUAUGCAGAUAGCUACAAGACCUGAUUAUUCUGUUGAACCUGUCAAUAAUUUGUGCAAUCUUGUGGCUCCUGUCUCUGGUCAUUCAUUAGCUUUGUACAAAGCUCAUGUUACUAAUGGAAUCAGACAGUUAACACUCUGCAAAGAUGGCGACAAAAAGGUUGGUUUAAGAGUUCAACCUGUAAAUAAUGGAGUUUUUGUUAAUCUUGUUACGAAAAAUUCGCCUGCAGCUAUGGCAGGUUUUAGAUUUGGGGAUCAAAUUUUAGAAGUAAAUGGUAAAAGUGUAGCAGGACUAUCAAUGGAUGCAGUGCAUGAUAUUAUCAAAAAGUCUCCUUCAAGUGGUAUUUCAUUUAUUGUUAGAGAUAGACCAUUUGAAAGAACAGUGACUCUUCAUAAAGAUAAAACUGGUCAUGUCGGUUUUACUUUUAAAGAAGGAAAAGUGACUGGGUUAGUAGUGGAUUCUUCUGCUGCUAAAAAUGGUCUAUUGACUGAGCAUAAUCUUUUAGAAAUAAAUGGCCAAAAUGUUGUAGGAUUAAAGGAUAAAGAAAUUACUAAGAUUAUUGCAGAUGGAGGAAAUGUAAUUACCGUUACUAUUGUUCCUUCUUACAUUUACCAACAUAUGACAAAGAGCAUGUCAUCUGGAUUGCUUAAAAAUUUUAUGGAUCGUUCAGUUCCAACGUUUUAA